GAUAAGGAAAGACUGGAGGGAGACAUAGAGAGAGAGAAAGAGGAGAGAAGUGAAAUUGAUAAGCAUUGAGAGAAGGAAAGAGAACGAAUGGUGCAGCAGCAGCUGAGCAUCUGUGUCUGACUUCUGUGGAGUUCGGACUCGGACAUGACAGAGUUGCAGCAUCCAAGUGUCUCCAGUUUGUGCAUGUGAGAGAGUGUGUAGUUUUUGUGUGCGUGCGUGUGUGUGUGUGUGUGUGAGUGUGUGUGUGUGUGAGUGAAGCCAUGGCGAGUGCCCAGCCAGGGGUCCAUGCAUUGAAACUCCAGCCUCCCUCUGUCUCCCAAACACUGAGGAACGGAAGUAACUUCAUUAAAUGGGAUGAGGAUCUGUCCACAGUUACACCAGUGACUCUGUGUGUGGAUCCACACGGGUUUUACCUCUACUGGACUGACCAAAGCAAGGACACAGAGUUGUUGGACCUGACCCUCAUAAAAGAUGUCAGAACGGGGAGAAGCACCAAAACACCCAAGGAGGCCAAACUGCGGGAGCUGCUGGAUGUGGGAAACCUGGUUGGUCGCCUUGAGAACCGCAUGGUAACCGUGGUUACGGCCUCAGAUCACGUAAACGUCAACCAGCUCAACUUCAUCGCCGCGCAGGAGGACGAGGCCAAGGUGUGGUGUGAGGAAUUGUUUUCACUGUCUUCCAAUCUGCUGAGCCACAAUCUUAACAGAGACCGCAGUCUGCUGAAAGUAUAUGUCAGAUUAACUCUCCAGCCAAAUGCAGAGGGGAGAAUUCCUGUCAAGAACAUUGUUCGGCUGAUCUCAUCAGACAGAAAAAGAGUCGAGAAUGCCUUGGAGAGCUGCAGACUGCCCUACGGACGGGGUGACAGCAUCAAACUGGAGGACUUCACUCUUGAAGUUUACCGGACUUUCCUGGACAGUCUGUGUCCUCGUCCCGAACUCUGCAGCAUCUUUAAACAGCAAGGAGGGGAUGAUGGGGCUUUGUCAGUCGAUCAGAUGACAGAGUUCAUCAACAACAAGCAGAGAGACCCGAGGCUGAAUGAGAUCCUCUACCCGCCUCUCCGUCCUGCACAGACACGCGCUCUGAUGGAGCGGUACCAGCACGACCAGGCACAGCUGAAGCAAGGUGUGAUUUCUCCCCAGGCGUUCUCCACUUAUCUGUCCAGUGACGAGAACGGAGUCAUUCCUCCAGACAAACUGGAUCAGUCUGAGGACAUGAGCUUCCCUCUGUCUCACUACUUCAUCAACUCGUCACACAACACAUACCUGACAGCGGGUCAGCUGGCCGGCAGCUCCUCAGUAGAGAUGUACAGACAGGUUCUCCUGGCAGGAUGUCGCUGUGUCGAAUUAGACGUGUGGAAAGGGCGGACGGCCGAGGAGGAGCCUGUCAUCACACACGGCUUCACCAUGACGUCUGAAAUCCCGUUCAAGGAAGUGAUUGAAGCCAUCGCAGAAUGUGCCUUCAAGACGUCACCGUUUCCCGUCAUACUCUCCUUUGAAAACCACGUGGACUCCUUGAAGCAGCAGGCCAAAAUGGCUGAGUAUUGUCAAUCUAUUUUUGGAGAGGCGCUGUUGAUUGACCCCCUGGACAAAUACCCUCUGGAGUCAAGCGUCCCUCUGCCCAGUCCUCAGGAGCUGAUGGGCAAAAUCCUCAUCAAGAACAAGAAGAAACCCUCCAGUAGCAACGACACCAAGAGACUGACGGACCAAGCUGCCAGUCAGAGCAACGAGCCAGUGUCUCCUAGCAACAACACAGGAGAGAUGGAGGCUGAGAGUGAGGAAGAUGAUGAUGAUGAAGAUGAUGAUGGUAAAAAGGGCUCAGCAGAGCGUGAGGCUGUGGCUACAGAGGAAAUGUCAACUCUGGUAAACUACGUUCAACCAACCAAGUUCAACUCCUUUGAGGCGUCGAAGAAGGCAGCCCGCUGUUACCACAUGUCGUCUUUCGUGGAGACCAAAGCUUUGGAGCAUCUCACAAAGUCACCAGUGGAGUUUGUGGAAUAUAAUAAAUCCCAGCUGAGUCGCAUCUACCCAAAAGGAACAAGAGUUGACUCGUCCAACUUUAUGCCUCAGCUCUUCUGGAAUGCUGGAUGUCAACUGGUGGCUCUCAACUACCAAACCAUUGAUUUAUCCACGCAGCUGAAUCUCUUCGUGUUUGAGUACAACGGUCGCAGCGGCUACAGACUGAAGCCAGAGUUCAUGAGACGGCCAGACAAGCACUUUGACCCCUUCACUGAGAACACAGUGGACGGCAUCGUGGCAAACACGCUCUCCGUGAAGGUGAUUUCAGGCCAGUUCCUGACUGAGCGGCGGGUGGGCGUGUACGUGGAGGUGGAGAUGUUUGGACUUCCUGUGGACACCAGGAGGAAAGCGCUGAAGACCAAGACCUCUCACAACAACAACGCCAUCAACCCAGUGUGGGACGAAGAGCCAAUCGUCUUCAAAAAGGUGAUUCUUCCGACUCUGGCUUCUCUGAGAAUCGCUGCUUUUGAGGAAGGAGGAAAGUUUAUUGGUCAUAGGAUUAUUCCUGUGACGGCGAUUAGACCAGGUUAUCGUUACAUCGGCUUGAGGAAUGAGAAGAAUCAGUCUUUGGUUUUACCGGCUGUGUUUGUCUACAUCGAGGUCAAAGACUACGUCCCGGACACAUUUGCAGAUGUGAUAGAGGCUCUGUCCAACCCCAUUCGAUAUGUCAACCUCCUGGAGCAGAGGUCGAAACAGCUGGCAGCUCUGACACUGGAGGACGGGGAGGAGGACACACAGACUGAGGACGAAGUUGAAACCUGUGCGGAGCGUAAGACUGAUCUGAAAUCGGCACCACUGGAAAAUGGACUCAGUCCCGCCGCCGGUCCUGCAGGACACACGCCGCCUGUCAUGACGCCAAAAGCUUCCUCAGCCAAUCAGCAAGCAGCUGUUUCAGAUGUGGCCAAACCAGCAGCAAGGAGUGAAGACUUGGUUUUAAGUGUUUUGAUAGAUGUCCCAGUGAGCACCAUGGACAGUCUGCAGCAGUCCAAGAUUUACCAGAAGGACCAGAGACGUCAUUUUAAAGAGCUGAGGGAGCUGGUGAGACGACAUCAGAAGAAAACCUCUGAGCUUCUGCGAGAGCUCAACAACAAGUACAAGAAAACAGCCAGGCAGUGCAGCAAGAGUCGGGGCUCGGGUUCGGAUUGUGAGAAAGACGAACGCCUGCAGCAGCUGAGAGACGAGCAGCAGCAGCAGCUUCUGGCUCUGAGGCAGGAACAGUACUACAGUCAGAAGUAUCUGCAGAGGGAACAUAUCAAAAUGCUGACCGAUCGACUCAGCAGUCUGGCUGAAGAGAGUCACAACAGACAGAUGAGGAAACUCAAAGACAUUUGUGACAAGGAGAAAAAAGAGCUGAAGAGACAGAUGGAUCGAAGGAGAACAGAGAAGAUCAACCAAGCGAAGACCAAAGAGAAACAUCUGGCUGAGGAGGAGAAGAUUGAGAUCAAUAAGUCCUAUGUCAAUGAAGUCGUCCAGAACAUAAAACGGCUCGAGGAGACGCAGGUGAAGCGCCACGAUCAGCUGGUGGAGCAACACAACAAGCUGCUGCAGGAGAUACAAGACCAGAAACCAAAGCUGCAGGGCGCCGUGGAGGCAGAGUUUCAGGAAAAGUUCCAGCGCUUGCCCGGAGAGAUUCAAGACUUCCUGCAGGACAGGAAGACAGAGGUCAGAGGUCACAGCAAGUCCCGACCAUCGACCCCUCACGAGACUCUGUCAGAGGACGACUAAGGAGGAAGCUGGAGAAGGAGAAAGGGAUUGUUGAAAGGCUAGUUAGAGAAAAGAAGAGAUGUGGAAGACGAUGAAGACUGUUACUUUUUAAAUGAGCGAAUACUUUGUUUUUUUUCAAUUCCAUCCGAGCAUGCACCUUUCUGCACGUCAACGUUUUUAUUUAAAACUCAUUCGGUCUUAUUUUCUGUUACUUUAACUGAAAUCCAAUGGUUUGUACUGCAUGAUCUAUCUAUCUGUCUAUAUUGCUGGUUAGUUUGAUAUCUAGCUAGCUAUAUCUAGCUAUCUUUAUCUGACACACAUUUGAGGAUCAUACAUCAGACUCGAUGUCUGUCUAUUUUAUAUGCACAUGGAGAGACUUCAAAGUCACUUAAGGUCCACAUCUGUGAGUCCACGGAGGUCUAUGUGAUGUAAAUAUGAAUCACACAUGUGGUAUCAGGUACUCAUAUGCCGGGUUUUAUUUUGAAUGGAUCAUUCUGCAGGCACGUGUGCAUGAGUGGAGUGUGUGCACUGAACACGGAACGCAGAAUACAGAGAGGCUUUGAAGCCUCAGCAACAAACGAUUUCAAAAUAUCAUUGUUUUUACACACAGGGAAAAAACAAUCAAACAUAUUAAUGACAUAUUUUAUCUUUAUCUGUAGUACUUUGGGCCAAAAAGUCACUCCUCAUGAAAGUUCAUUAGAAUCUGUCCUCAUGUAAUCACAUUACUGGGGCCCUGUCCAUUGUAUUCUUAAUUUUUAUUAUUUUAUUUUAUUUCAUCCGUGUGACUUGUGAGCUCAUAUGAAAAAUAUUUAUACUGUAGAUUGAUUUAGAGUGAUCUUAUCAAUGGAUCUCUAAUCACUAGUUUAAAAUCUCAUCUUAUCCAAUCCUUUACCAUAGCAUGACACAUUAACACAGAUAUUUAUGCAUCCUCACUCUUACCUUCUUUUUUUUUUAUAUAUAUCAUUUUUAAGAAUAAUAUUAUGUCCCCUGACUCGUAGCAGCAACAUCCCAAAGGUUCCCUGAGACUCGUGGGUCUGACAGUUGUAACAGUGUGGAGGGACCAAAGAGUCUGCUGACACUGCAUGAUUUAUCUGUCGUUUUUCUUUCGUGUUCAACAUAGUAAUCACUCUGGUGGAUGUUUAUUUAUUCAUUUAUUUAUUUAUUUGCUGUGUUUAUUUAUUUUUUUUGACGAUAACUGAGUAACUUAUGAAGCCGAUUCAGAAUGAAAUGAACAAAUGGAGCACAUCACUCUUUGGACGUGAUGUGUUCAAACAUUCCCCAUCUCUUGUUUUCCCUCUGGACAUAACAAUGAAGGCCUGUGUCGCGUUUAACAACUUUUUUCUAGAGAAUCUUUUUCUUCUUUUUAAGGAUUUAAGCCACUGGUGAUAGAGUCUAACAAAUCUGACCAUGAUCUGUACCUGAAAGGUCACUCCACUUCAGUUCUCACAGCUAACUCUUCAAAUUGACUAAAUGACCUUGUGUUUACAUCCGCAGAGUGGCUGCAGGUUCUCCAGCAAAAGGCCUUGUUGAAUGCACCCCGGGCUUCAGUGACUAAACCGUGCAUGCUUUGUUGUGUUGGAUUCCUCCACCUCUUUAACUGUCUCUUGUUUUGCCGAAUGAUGAAAGACGAUUAAAAUAUUUGACCACAAAAA